AUGCUAGUGGGUGUUCCAAAGGUAGCCUUUCAAAUUCCUGGCGAGGAUGAAGCUACUUGGGUUGACUUAUACCAUCAACUUUUUUACAGCAGACUUCUUUUUUUAGGUGACGAGAUUGAGAGUGAACUAGCAAAUCAAGUUGCUGGUAUGAUGAUAUAUCUCAGUUUAGAGAACAAGAACAAAGAUUUGUAUCUGUUUAUAAAUUCUCCCGGCGGAAAGGUUAUGUCUGGAAUGGCCAUUUUUGAUACUAUGCAAGUUGUAGAAGCACAAGUACAUACAAUAUGCAUGGGAUUAGCCGCUUCAAUGGCAUCUCUUAUUUUGGCAGGAGGCGGAAUUACCAAACGUCUAGCAUUUCCUCACGUAAUGAUCCAUCAACCUCAUAGUGCCCCUUAUGAGGGACCAUCAGGAGAAUGUAUGCUGGAAGCAGAUGAAAUGGUGUGUUUAGUGGCUUGUUAG